AUGUAUCGACGAUUAAAAACUGAUGAAAAUGAUUCAUUAGAUCUCGGACCACCAAAAUGGCGUUUGGCACGGCGCCAUUUUGUCGCCGCCCUGGCGCUACUUGGUUUCGCCAACAUCUAUGCGAUGCGUGCGAAUCUGAGUGUGGCGAUCGUUGAAAUGACUACCGGUACUGAUAAGGAAGUGAAUGGCACAAAAAUACAUGUGAGUUACUGA